UAUUUUCUUUUCGACAGCUGCGAGUACAUUAUCACUGUAGAUCCGUGGGUUAACAAAAGUGACUCGAGGCUCGACAAAUUGACUCGCGCGAGGAACAGAUAAGCAGUUAAGCAAUAUAUGGUCAAAUAAGGCAACGUUCAGUGCUUUGAAAUAUAAAAAGGAGAUCGAUGUUGUUUUCGCUCGAGAUAAAAAUCGUAAAAUAAAAACCAUGCUGUCGUCUUGGACCGGUUGCUGUUCGUGCAUAUCGCAGCGAUGGACCUUCUCGAUAAUGUCAUUUUUGGCCCUCUGCAUUGGAAACGCGAUGCGUUCCGUGCUCUCCAUCACCAUAACAGAAAUGGUUUACCCCAUCCACAACGUCACGAAUCAAACUCACGAGAGAUGUAUCGCCCCGACGGAGCAUGCCCCGGAUAACGCGACCGCGGCCUCUUUUGGCGAUCGUUACCAUUGGGACGAGUUUACCCAGGGCCUGAUAUUGUCCUCAAUUUUCUGGGGCUACGCCCCGACCCAGUUCAUCUACGGCUCGCUGGCCGAGCGCUUCGGCGGCAAGUACUUCCUGGGCCAGGCCAUUUUCAUACCAUCGCUACUUACUCUGGCAACCCCACUGGUCAUCGACUGGGGUGGCUCCACCGCCUUGAUCAUCAUCCGCAUACUCAUGGGCGUGUCCAGCAGUGCCAUGUACCCAUCCGUGAGCUCAAUGGUCCCACACUGGACCACGGCCAAGAACCGCACGAGAUUUGGCACCUUCAUCUGCGCUGGCUUCAUCCUCGGCCCAGUUUUCGGCACCGUCAUGCCAGCCCUCAUAAUCAAGUACACGGGGUCCGGUUGGCCGGCCGUCUUCUACUUCUUCGGGGCCCUGGGAAUAUCGUGGUUCCCGUUCUGGGUGCUGCUCUGCUUCAACAACUCGGACGACCAUCCCUUCAUCACCGACCGGGAGCGCCGGUAUCUGCAAGACAGCCUAGAGAAGGAGGUGUGCAAGAAACCACCGCCAGCCCCGUACGCCCAUAUUUUCCGAUCCAAACAGGUCUGGGCCUUCGUCAUUGGACUGUUUGGCUGCGACUGGGCUUACUUCACGAUGGCAACCGAUCUGCCCAAGUUCAUGAGCAACAUCGUCGGGCUGCCGAUAGACCAGAACGGCUAUCUGUCGGCGCUGCCGUACCUUUGCAUGUGGCUGAACUCGACCCUGAGCUCUUGGCUGGUCGAUUGGGUGAUAGCGCGAGACCUGAUGACGAUAACCAACGUGAAGAAGCUGCUGACCGUCGUUGCGGCCAUUGGGUCCUCCGGCUUCAUUCUACUCGCCACAUACUCUGGUUGCGACCUCACCCUCAUCGUGGCGUGCUUCGUUGCAAGUAUAACCCUCAUGGGUUGCGCUUAUCCCAGCAUCAUGAUGAACAACCUCGAUUUGAGUCCAAACUACGCCGGCACCCUCAUGGCCUUUGGCAACGGCGUGGCCGCGUUGGGUGGGGUCUUUUCGCCUUACCUCGUCGGGGUGUUGACGAAGAACCAAACCAUGGCCGAGUGGCGGAUGGUCUUCUGGAUCGGGUUCUUCAUUGCCCUCGCCUCGAGCGUUUUCGUCGCAUUUCACUCGAGCAGUGACAUCCAGUACUGGAACGAUCCCAACUUCGAGAGGGACGCGAAUAAAGUUGUGACAAAGCGCACCAAGAAAAAGUACGCGGGGGAUGGGAAAAUCGAUACCGCAGUUCUGUGAAUUACUAUUACGUGCAUACUAAUUUAUAAUAAAACUCACCGGUGCAUACUUGGCGAAUAACAUUUUUUUUUACGUUUCAAUACAUCAGCUGAAGUAGGACGUGUGCUUUAUUUUCUUGACAAUUUUUUUUUUUUUUUCAAUACCACUAGAGUGUCUUUUGUCAGUUAUCCCGCGGAAACACUUAUUGUUACUAACAUCAAGUGUGUGCUCAAGGUUUAUUGUCAUCUGAAAAUUUGGUCCGUCGAGCAGAUGAAGAAAAAACAGUAUUUCAGAAUUGUAUACUCAUAAUUUUUGCUACCAGAAUACGUGUGCUUCAUAGUACCCAUUAUAAUGAAUGAUAUGAACAGUUGAACGACUUAGAUGACAUCGUCCUGGCUAUAAUAUUGAUGUGUAAGUGCUGUCAAAAAUUAGACAUGAUAAAUAUUUAUAAUCUCGUUUGAAUAACAAAUUGUCGGUGGA